UUUUACAUAAACCGCAACUUCUGACAGAGAGAGAGGGAAGUGACACAGACACAUUUCGGAAGCUGAACAGUGAAAGACCAAGAUAGCUACGGAGAAAGGGUGGUGGUCCUUUCGCAGAGAAGUUAAAACCCAGGACGUUUCUUGUAUUCUAAAGGAAGUAUGGCAGCAUGGGACCUGUCCGUUACCGUGGAGGAGCUGGGCCCGGAGGCCCCUCCCCUCAGCAUCAGUGUGACCUCUGACUUGCACAUAGGCGGGGUCAUCCUCAAAAUUGUUGAAAAGACACAGAUGAAGAAAGACUGGUCGGACCACGCCUUGUGGUGGGAGCAGAAGCAGCAGUGGCUCCUUCGGCCCGCCUGGACACUGGACAAGUGCGGCAUCCACGCAGACGCACGCCUGAGCUUCACCCCCCAGCACAAGCCCCUGCUCCUGGGCCUGCCCAACGGAGUGUCCCUGAGGCUGAGGGCCUGCUUCUCAGGGCCCGUCUUCCGCACCGUCAUGGGCAUCUGCAGGGUCCUGAACAUUCGCCACCCAGAGGAGCUGUCUCUGCUGCGGCCAGUGGAGGAGAAGAAGAAGAAGAAGGAUAAGGAGGCAGCAGUGGAAGUGUAUGACCUCACAGAAGUACCUCUGACCUCAGCUUCAGUCCCCAGCCUGUACAACGGCAUGCCCGCCCACUUCGCGGACUCCCUGCAGACCGAGGCCGUGUAUAAGAUGCUGUCCUCCACACAGCCCGCUCCCGCACCUGAGAACAUCGCCAAGAUGUACCGUCCAGCCAGCGUGGUGGACAAGGCCCACAUCCACAGCAGGUGGCUGGACUCAUCUCGUUCCCUGCUGCAACAGGGAGUGCAGGAGAACGACAGGCUGUGGCUGAGGUUCAAAUACUACAGUUUCUACGACCUGGAGCCCAAGUACGACAUCGUGCGGCUCACCCAGCUGUACGAGCAGGCUCGCUGGGCUGUCCUGCUGGAGGACAUUGACUGCACCGAGGAGGAGAUGAUGCUGUUUGGUGCCCUGCAGUACCACAUCAGCAAAGCGACACAAUCUGAGCCGCAAGCAGUGAAGUCGAGCCCGGCGAUGGAUGACCUGGACUCAGCGUUGCAGUGUCUGGAAGUCAAAAUGGAGGGAGAGAGCAGUUCCCUGGAUAUGCUGGAUACCAUGACAACUGCCCCAGAACUGCACGACUACCUGAAAAUAUUCCGACCAAAGAGACUGACACUGAAAGGCUAUAAGCAGUACUGGUUUGCAUUCAAGGACACCUCCAUCUCCUAUUAUAAGAGCAAGGAGGAAGGAUUUGGGGAGCCAAUACAGCAGAUGAACCUGAAAGGUUGUGAGGUGGCGCCAGAUGUUAAUGUGGCAGGCCAGAAGUUCUGCAUUAAACUGCUGAUCCCAGCCCCGGAGGGCAUGAACGAGGUCUACCUACGGUGUGAAAACGAAAACCAGUACUCCCAGUGGAUGGCAGCCUGUCGCCUGGCCUCCAAGGGGAAGAAUCUGGCCGACAGCUCCUUUUCCAGUGAGGUGAAGAGCAUCCAGGCCUUCCUGUCGAUGCAGCAUUCCAACCCCGGGGCCCAGUCUGCCCAGGCUGAUGAAAGCAUCAACACGCAAAGCCUCGUGUCACCCCGCUACCAGAAGAAGUACAAGGCCAAACAGUUAACACCUCGCAUUCUGGAGGCCUAUCAGAAUAUAGCCCAGCUCUCUCUGAUUGAGGCCAUCCUCAAGUUCCUCCAAAUCUGGCAGGCACUACCAGAUUUUGGGGUGUCCUACUUUGUGGUAAGGUUUAAAGGCAGCCGGAAAGAUGAGGUUCUGGGCAUCGCCAACAACCGUCUGAUCCGCAUCGACCUGGGCGUGGGCGACGUGGUGAAGACCUGGCGCUACAAUAACAUGAGGCAGUGGAACGUCAACUGGGACAUCAAGCAGGUGGCCAUCGAGUUUGAUGGAAACAUCAACAUUGCAUUCAGCUGUGUGACAGCCAACUGCAAGAUUGUGCACGAGUAUAUCGGGGGCUACAUCUUCAUGUCCACGCGAAGCCGCGAGCAAAGCGAAACCCUCAACGAGGAGCUUUUCCACAAGCUCACUGGGGGCCACGAGGCACUGUGAGGCCCCUCCCGCCUCCAAACGAACCUCCCCCAACCCCCAUAUCCUUGUGUACCCUACUGUGCACUGUAUAUUCCAGAGACUUAGCUGAAACAGCUCAUUACUUUGUACUUACUGAAACUGUGCCAAGGCGUGAAACCCGGCCCCAGUGGACCACUGUAUCUUUUUUUAAUGUCUACACUUAAAUAACUACACUGAGUCAAUUGUAAAGCUGCGUUAAUCCCCCAUCAAUGAGUGAUUUACAGUUUGACGACAGCUUUAAGUGCAGUGAGAUGGCGGUGGGUAAAACCCAUGCCCUCCAAGCCUGGAGUAGAGCAGAAUAGAUUAGGAAAAUUAGAUUUACAUUGACUUCUCAACUCCAUUUCUGUGAUCAACAAGCAAUCUGCUUUAUUGGAGCUUUUUAAUGACGUGUUUCCUAAGGCAUUUUAGCUGAUUACAAUUAUCAUUCAAUGUCUCUAUAACUAAUGAGAAAAAAACUGGAAUCGUGGCAGGGGGAGGUAAUUGAUAUGUAGAGAAAUCGCAACAGAUUUAUAAUAUUAACAUGUUACUGCAUGCUGUAACUGCUGUACUCACAUUGUCAGUGGAGUUGGACCUUAAAACAUUUUAUUAAUGCUUAGCACCGACCUAAACAAUUCUGCUAUCAGAAUGAUCAUUUUCAAUUCAUUAUCUCCAUACUUAACAUGUGUGCAUGUAUUUAUGUUCUAACACAAACUAUGACAUAUUAUUUGACACCAUCUUUGAACUGUACCUUCAUUAUCUUUCAAAUUUUUGUGCAAAACCUAGGCUUAAUGACUGAUCAACAAUAUAAUAAUAGUUUUUCAAUUUUCUGAAGUGGAAUUAUAAAUCACAAAAAAGAAACUUUUUGAAUAAUGUGGUACAGAAGUAUUUCAUUUAAUACAUUUAAUUUCAUGUAGUUCUUACAACAGAAAAGGCUCAGAUAACCAAGUGUGUGUGUACUACUCAUUGCCAAUUGACCACUACAGGUGUAUUAGCAUUGAGUAAGAAUCGCUUGCUGUAUAUCCGAUUAGAUACAACAAUUUCUUGUAUUGCUAUCGCGUCAUCAUGAACACCCUGUCAAAGGCUGACGAGAGAAAAGGCUCAGUGUAACAGGCUGUUUAAACGUGCUGCUAGACAGAGCUAAAAUUAUGGUUUCAGUCAGCAGUAUUUCAUGCAAUAGCAACUCUUGUUGCUACAGCAGUACCAGCUGUGCACACCAGCAUUAAUCAGCUUGUGGAUUGUACUUUAUGAAUGUACAAAUAUGAAACACUGUAUGAAUAUGAACAAAGCAUGGUGCUGCGUACAUUUUUAUGGACGCGUUUACUGGUGUGCACCUGUGACAGGAGAUGUUGCAGUGAUGGGACAGACUGUUCAUUCCAAAUUUGGGGAAAUGGAAAAGUAAAAUUGUCAUACUUACAAAAAAUUUAAUAAAGCAGGGUUCAUGGAU